UUUUGAUGCUCAGUCUGAAAACAAGAACAGAACUUUCACAACCGAGGGUUUGGGAAAUUUUUUUUUUUCAGAGAAUCGAGGGGAUUUUCAAGGCUUGAAAGCUCAAAGUGUGUGUAAUGGUGGGAUUAAUUGAAGGUGCGUAAUGGAAAACGCAGACUCCGAUGAGGCAGAGUCGAAGAAGAGGCCUCAUUUCAACUCCGCCAUGGCUCGCCACUCUUCAACUUCUCCGGAUAGCAAACCUGUUGAUGCAGCAGUUCUCCAGUACGAGAAUCAAAAACUUGUUCAGCAGUUAGAUGUACAAAAGCAUGAGCUACAAGACCUCGAAGCUAAAAUUAAGGAAUUAAAAGAUAAGCAAGCUUCUUAUGAUGACAUUUUGAUUACAGUGAACCAACUCUGGAAUCAGUUGGUUGAUGAUUUAAUUUUUCUUGGACUACGAGCUGGGGCAGGACAAAAUUCUUUACAAACCUUGGAUCGUGUAGACCGGUCUCGAGGUUCAGUUCCAUCAUGUCCUGCAGAGGAGAUAUUUCUUUAUAGAUUACUAGAAACAGAUUCUAUUGGAAGCAAUGGCAAGGAUGGAUCUCUUAAAUAUAUUGAAGAAGCCCUUGCUUUGCGUCAUUCAUCUACUCGAGAAUUGAUGAAAUUCUUGCAAGAUACUGUUGAUGCUCAAAGAUCUAAAACAGAGAGCAUAGUGCAGGCUUUACAUGGAAAGCUUUCUGCAGAAGAUGUUAUCAUCGAAUUGCGUAAGAUUGACGAUUUGAUGAAAGAGGAGGCUAAUCAUUUGCAUGAAGUGAUUGAUGUUCUUCACAUGAAGCACAAAGAAUACACUGAUGGCAUUCAGGCUCAUCUUCACAGCCAUGCAGUGAAUCAAUCAGAAAUUAAACGCCUUGCAGGUGAGCUGGAAGAGAGCAUGACAGAACUCGAAGAAAGUAGAAGAAAACUAGUUAAUCUUAAAAUGCGGAAGGAUGUGGCAUCUGGGGUUCAUACUCCGGUUUUGGGUACAAUAAAUGGAAGCUUGUCACCUGAAAAGACUGCAGAUAUAACAAAGGGUUUGAGGGAAUUGAAGGAUUCCAUUGAGGAAACAAAGAUACUGGCAGCUGACCGUCUUUCGGAGCUUCAAGAUGCGCAGGAAGACAAUCUAAUUCUGUCAAAACAGUUGCAGGAUCUUCAGAAUGAACUGAAGGAUGAUAAAUAUGUGUAUUCAUCCCGUCCGUACAAUUUACUGACUGAUCAGCUCCAACAUUGGAAUGCUGAAGUGGAGCGCUACAAAGCAUUAACAGAUUCUCUGCAGGCUGACAGGUCUUUUGUCUUGCGAAGAGAGAAAGAAUUGAAUGUAAAAGUAGAGUCAGUAGAUUCUGCUAGGAAUGCCAUUGACAAUACUGAGUCUAAGAUUGAGGAACUGGAGCUUCAACUGCAGGACUGUAUUAUUGAAAAAAAUGAGCUUGAGAUAAAAAUGGAAGAAGCUUUGCAAGAUUCAGCUGCUCCAGGGAGAAAAGAUAUUAAAGCAGAAUUUCAUGUAAUGGCCUCGGCUUUGUCUAAAGAAAUGGGAAUGAUGGAAGCACAAUUGAAUCGGUGGAAAGAGACAGCUCAUGAAGCCCUUUCCUUACGUGAAGAAGCAGAGUCACUAAAAGCUUUAUUGGGGAGAAAGACUAGUGAACAGAAGUGCAUGGCAGAUAAAUAUGCUGUUCAGACAGUGGAGGCCAAAUCUCUAAAGUCUCUUAUUGAGAAGAUGCAGAAGGAAAAAUUAGAGCUGCAAAUCUUAUUGGACAUGCUUGGACAGCAAAUUUAUGACAACAGAGAUUUGAUGGAAAUUAAAGAAUCAGAGCAGAGAGCUGCCUUACAAGCUGAACUUUUGAGAAAUGCACUAAAUGAACAUGGCUUAGAAUUGAGAGUGAAAGCUGCCAAUGAAGCUGAGGCUGCUUGCCAACAUCGCCUUUCUGCUGCUGAAGCUGAAAUAGCUGAUUUAAGGGCCAAACUGGAUGCUUCUGACAGGGAUGUUUUAGAGCUUACUGAGGCCAUUAAAAUUAAAGAUGGGGAGGCAGAGGCAUAUAUUUCUGAAAUUGAGACUAUUGGUCAAGCAUACGAAGAUAUGCAGACACAGAACCAACAUCUUUUGCAGCAGGUUACUGAGAGGGAUGAUUACAAUAUCAAGCUAGUCUCCGAGAGUGUGAAGAUGAAGCAGGAUCAAAGCUUUCUACUCUCUGAGAAGCAGGCAUUAGGAAAGCAACUUCAGCAGGUUAACAUGUCUCUAGAAUCUUUAAGAACGAGGAUUUCUCACAGUGAAGAGCAGAUGAAAGUUUGCCUUACUGAAGCUAUGAAAUCUACUGAAGAGGAUAGACACCUUGCAGUCAACCUGGAAACUGCAAAGUGGGAAAUGGCAGAUUCUGAGAAGGAAUUGAAGUGGCUGAAAUCUGCUGUUGCUUCUUCUGAGAAGGAAAAUGAGCAGAUCCAGAGAAAGAUGGAAGAAAUCCAAAUGGAAUUGGAUAAUGAAAGAAGUGAGAGGAAGAAGCUUGAUGAAGAUCUCGCGGAUUUGAAUAGGAAGGUUGCUGAGAUGAGUUCUGAUGGUGGGGAAGCAGGAAUACAGAAACUCCAGGAUGAAAUCAAGGAUUGCAAGGCUAUUCUCAAGUGUGGUGUGUGUUUUGAUCGGCCAAAAGAGGUUGUAAUCACCAAAUGCUAUCAUCUAUUUUGCAAUCCUUGCAUUCAGAGAAACCUAGAGAUACGCCAUCGCAAGUGUCCUGGUUGUGGAACUGCAUUUGGGCAAAGCGAUGUUCGGUUUGUAAAGAUAUGAAAGAGCCAUAUUUGUCAAUUGGCUUUGGUUGUAAUUAUAUUUGCAUUCUAAUCAGUGGAAGCUCAAUCCCUUAAAACCUUAGCUCUUUAAUGUCUUAGGGGUCAUAGUUAGAGUUCCUUGUGUAGAAUAAAAGAAGUGUUUUUGUUUUCCCUUGAUUAUUCAUUGAAUUGUGAUGCCUCUGUAUCUGAUCGUGUAACCUUUUUAUUUUGAUUCCAUCCCUUUUCACUGUAAUGACAAAAUUCAUAUAGGAUAAAAUUUUCUCAAAUACAAUCUUGAAUCUUGAUGGUGUA